UAUAAGCCGGUUCAUCGCAAAGUGCGUCCGGUCCCAACCUAUAUGCCGAAUCCAGCAGCGCAAGUUUUCUCUCCAAUCAUUAUCCCCAAGCUGGAUCCAUUGCCGACGCAUCCCCCUCCACGUAUUGCAUUCAUCCCUACCAAUCGUCUGAUGCAGGAACGUUUGGAUGCGAUUCUGCAUAUGAUCCCGGCGAACUUUCUCUGGUCCGAAGAGAUCGACCUACUCAUCCACGUCCUGGACAUCAAUCAGCAAGCAGUCGCAUGGACAGACGCCGAGCGAGGAACGUUCAGCCGAAAGUACUUCCCGGACUACGAGAUUCCGGUUAUCAAACACACUCCCUGGGUAAACAAGCCCAUUCCUAUCCCCAGGGCAAUCGAGGAGAAGGUGCGCGCUGUACUCCGAUCUCAGGAGGCGGCCGGUAAGUACGAACAUUCU